AUGGCCAACAUCAGUACCCUUUUGGACCAGUGGCGAGUUGCUGUAAAUUCUGAGGCAAAAAAUUCAAGCAAUCCAGAGUUACUCCUGGUCAUGGCCGGCAAUCGUCUGCCAGUUUUGGGUUCAGUGAUUUACCCAAUUGAUUCAAUGAGGAGGAACUUGGAUUGGGUACAUGUAAUAGCAUACAAUUACUAUUUGCCUGCAGGUAGGGAUAGAGUCACAUUCUUUCAUGCAACUUUGUAUGGCCCUUCGAACAUGGCUAAUACGGAUUAUGGCAUAAAUGAGUGGAAGAGAAGAAGUUUUUUGCCAAGCAAGUUGGUCUUGGGGUUGCCUUACCAUGGCUAUGCGUGGACACUUUUGAGCCCCCAAAAGAAUCCAAUGGGUGCAGUCUCUAAGGGUCCGGCUAUCACCAGCGACGGUGCCGUGGGCUAUAAGUGGUUCAAAUAG